AUGUGUUUGCUGAUUUUAUACAUCCUGUUUAACAGUAAUGUGUGGGAGGCAACCGUGGAUUUGAUUUCUGAAGAAAGUGGCAAAAGCCUGAAGAAACUUCGUCCGCAUUAUCAUUUUGAAACAAAAUCGCUACCUGAUCACAAACGAAAAUCACAUCAAGAACUUAGGUUUCACUCCAAACCAAUACGGAGCGAGGAAAACAGUGAAUUAAAUCGAGAGCUCGGAAUUUGUCCCAGGAGGAAAAAUGUUGUUAUUUUAAGUCAAGGGAGGGGGGGGUCUUCGUUCCUUGGAGGAAUUUUCAACUGUCAUCCUCAAGUCAUGUACUGGUUCGAACCUCUAUUUCAUGUCGGCAAUGUUUUGAAUGUGAACGUGUUUAUGGAAAAGGAGCCAAUUUCAUACAAAGAUACUUGUUUUCAUUUAGUCGACAGUAUUUUGAGUUGUGACUUUAGUAAUAUCACCAAUGCAGUUUUAUCAGACAUUUCUACCAGUUCUUUCCGUCGUCACAGCCAAGCCCUCACUAGUGAUAAAUUAUGCCCCGGUAAAAAAACCUCUGGAAAGUGUGCACCAUUGACAAACUCUUUGCUUGGUCAGGUUUGUAAUUCUUAUAAGUAUUCUGUUAUCAAGAUUUUAAGUGGACGAUUACCAAACAACUCGCUAAAGAGCUUUCAGGAACAUUUCGUCCAACAGAACAAAUACGAUGUGAAAUUCAUCUGCUUGGUUCGCGAUCCUAGAGCUGUGGUGUUUUCUUGGGUAAAGUUGAAUUGGAUACAGGGCCACUCAAAUGCGGAAUUUCGUUCAAAUGUCCACAGGAUUUGUGAUUCAGUAAAAAAAAAUGUGCUGAUUGGCUUGUUGUCUCCCACGCCCUGGCUUAGAAACCGCUUCAAAGUAAUACGCUUCGAAGAUCUUGCAAUCGAUACCUCAAAUGUUGCACGAGAAAUAUACAAAUUCGUUGGACUUGAUUGGUCAGUGAGCGUGGAUAAAUGGAUAAAUGAUCACAGGAGAAGGAAGGGUGAAAAGAACCCGUAUUCACUGUUCAAGAAUGCUUCAACUGCUAUUAGCAAAUGGAAGAGAGAAGCUCCUGAAGAGCUCAUCAAAGGUGUUGAGGACGUUUGUGGUGGCUUAAUGAAUAUUAUGGGUUACAAAAAAUGGUGUAAAGCUGAUCGUGACAGAUAA